UAUCCUGGAACGGCAAUCUAUGUCGCAUCCUAGUUGGUGAUAGAAUGUCUCAGACUUGAUGCUGCGCGCUUUGUGUUGUUGAUAGAACUAAUGCAGUGCGAGGAUAGAGAAGACCAGAUCCGUGGAAAGAAGUGGUACCACCAACAUCAGAGCCAAGGCGAUCCACGUCCACUAACGGAGAGUAAUUCGAGACAACUACCAUUAUCACACAACCAUGAUGCUCUUGGUGUUUAUGGUGUUCGUCAAAUCAACCUACUGAGCUAUUCUAAUGCCUAAUAGAGAAGGGUUGCUGCUUUGGAACAAGAUGAACAGAAAGCAUGCGGGUGGUGACGACACGAUUCCAGACUAUGAAACGGCGCCUCACACCAUCUGAGACCUGUCAAAGCUGCUCACAGUACUCUGUAUUACAACGACCAACACGUCACAAACCAUGGCUGCUCCAUCCAACAAAUCCCUACAGUCCUUAUCGGGUAAAUGGCAACUAAACAAAGCCUGUUCCGAUGACUUUGCAUCAGUCCUCGCGCUCCAAGGCGUAAACGUUCUAGUCCGCAAGACAGCCACCGCAGCAUCUAUCCAUCUCAAAAUCAGUCAACCAGACGAUCAACAUAUCAAGAUGGCGCAGUCGAUAACUAGCGGCAAAAUCCCUGGUACUACAGAGGAUUAUACCUUGGACUACGAGUGGCGCACCAACCAGGAUGGUUUCUUCGGUGAGGUAUCAGGAAGAAGUCGAUGGGUCAGUGUCGAGGAGGGGAGGAAGACGGGCGUAGUUGGCGAGGGCGAGGGUGAAUGGAUUGAAGGGGAUAGCGAGGGAAAGUUGAUUCAUGCGGAGGGGAAGAAGCAGGGUGAAUGGGAGGCUAGCCACCUUUGGGGCUUUGAGAUGGUUGAUGGGGAGAGAAGGCAUACGAGACGUGUAAGAGUUAGCAAUGAGAAGGGUGAAGAGUUGAGAGUGAGGAUGGUCUACGACUUUGUUGGCGAAUAGCUUGUCUGAUUGUUAGGUCAAAUGUUUGAAACCACGAAUUAGGCUAUAUGAGAAAGAGUAAAGAUUAAACCAAAAGCCAACGUCCGUGAGGACUGCCGUGUAUGAUGUACGAUGUAUCCAUUAUCUACACCUACCUUAG